AUAGAACCUAUGCUGGUAUUCAACUUGGUCAACGGUACUCUGUAUUAUCACUGAUGAUGUUAUGAUAUAAUUCUUUUUAUAUGCCGAGCUAGCGUUUCAUUCUAUUCUUUGCUUAUAUAUUUUAGUUCAAUCUCUCCUACUUCAUCCUUGCCAUCCAUUCCCCCCUCUUACCCCAGCGUUCCAAUCUAGACAUACCGAAGAUCCGAGAUGCCGGAGGAGCAGGAUCUGGCCGAUGGCCGUCAGGAUAGAAACAAUGAUCUAAAUACCACCCAAGAAAAUAGAAGGGGGCCAUUGAGGGACGAUGAACAACCAAACAACAUGAGACAAGACAGACAGCGGCCACCACUGCAGAACCGCAGCACCGGAUCACAGCGACCGUCCCGGUACUCUCAACUCAGACGACGGAAGACAAACCAGACCAGUCGGACGAACCAAACGAUUCCUUCUCUUGCCGGCCCACGAGAGCCCGACAUGAGCUCGAUCUACAUUCAUCCAGAGUAUCAUGACAUGAAUCCCGAGUAUGGGAAGACCAAUGAAGAGCCGGUUUGGGGUCUAGCAAAACCCCUUCCGCGCGUGGUCCGACCAGGCAUGCGUCGCCAUGAUGGCGGUGGGACAACGUCUGCCUACCCAACAGGACAAAAGGGAGAGGCAGAACCAGUGCCCGAAUUGGAGGCGACUCCCGACCAGGGAGACGAGCAGGGAAAAGAUGGUCAAGCGGUCUCGAGUCCUCAGUCGGGCACACGGGAUGACACAAUGCUGCACCAAGAGAUGUCAAAUGCGGACCACACCGACCGUGUGCCGCGACCUGUGGAAGACGAGGUGACGGAGGAUGGGAGCAAGCCGUACGGGGGCCAGCCGGAGCAUUUCAACAAGUGGUCUAUGGUGCGGCACCAAUUGCGGGAACCUUUUGCAGAAUGGUUAGGGACUACCGUUGCGAUGUUAAUCGGACUAUGUGCCACUCUGGCAAUAUCCACUGGGGGAAGUGAUGCAGGUAACAAACUCGCUCUUCACUGGGCGUGGGGCCUGGCUAUUACCGUGGGAAUCUAUAUCGCUGGUGGCAUCAGCGGUGGACAUCUCAAUCCGGCUAUUUCCAUUGCGCUAUGGAUUUAUCGAGGGUUUCCAGGCCGGCGCUGUAUCUAUUAUGUGAUUGCUCAGAUUCUGGGGGCUCUCACGGCCGGUGGACUGGCAUAUUGCAUUUACCGCGAUUCGAUUUUCCACAGCGGUUCCAACAGCGAUUCCGGCAUCACAAUGGGAGCGACUGGUCUGGGCUUCUAUACCGAGCCCUUGACGUACGUCCGCAAUGUGACGGCCUUCUUCAAUGAAUUUGUCGCCGCUGCUAUUCUAAUCUGUACAAUCUUUGCAAUGGGUGACGAUAGCAACGCUCCACCUGGUGCGGGUAUGCACUUGUUCAUAAUUGGCCUCUUGAUCUUUGUGUUAGCCAUCGGGUUUGGUUAUAAUACUGGAGGAUGUUUCAACCCAGCCAGAGACCUUGGUCCUCGCCUCGUGGCCCUGAUGGCAGGAUACGGUGGAAGCACAUUCACCGAACGAGGAGGAUGGUGGUUUUGGGGCGCCUGGCUGGCUACCAUAUCUGGUGCCCUGGUCGGAGGCGCAGUGUAUGACGUUUUCAUCUUUAUUGGAGGAGAGUCUCCGAUAAAUUAUCCGCGUACUCGUCGCCGGAGAUCCAAGCUGAAGAUGGAAGCGAAGUGGCGUAGAAGGCUCAAUCUGGGGCGUCAGAGGCUUCCCAGUAUUGAAGAAGCAAUCAAAGAGCUGGAGGAAUGAAGCUGGGCUUUCAUGCAUGUGUAUAUAGGAAUAUAGAACUAAUAACAUCUCUUAAGCC